AUGCAUCAAAUCCAAAUAAAUGAAUCAGCUUCUGAGAGUCUGGAUGAUGUACAGUUCUGUUUUCCAUCUAUAGAAGGAUCGUGUAUAAAAAACAACCUUCUGACAUCAGUUUCUGUUCUUAUAUACACAUUGUUGACUGGAAUUAUAAUGACAGCUCUUUGUGGAAAUCUUGUAGUGAUUAUUUCUGUCUCCCACUUCAGACAGCUUCAUUCUCCUACCAACUUUUUAACUCUUUCACUGGCUGUUGCUGACUUUUUUGUAGGGUUACUUAUCCUGCCUUUUAGCAUGAUACGGUCCAUUGAAGCAUGUUGGUACUUUGGCAACAUAUUUUGUAAAAUCCACUCAGUAUUAGAUUCAGCUUUUACAACAGUUUCUGUUUUACAUCUUUGUUUUAUCGCCAUUGAUCGUUACUUUGCCAUAUGUGACCCCCUACAUUAUUCAUCAAAAAUCACAUUUCCUGUAACAGCAAUGUUUUUGUCUGUGUGUUGGGCAGUACCUACAUGCCUUGGCUUUAGUUUUGUUUUCUCAAGCAAGAAUUCAGAUGAUGCAACUUUGGCUUUUUACUGUAAAAAUGUGUGUGUUGUAAUUUUUGAUAAAAUAUGGUCUUUAAUUACACCAUUGUUGUUCUUUUUUAUACCAUUCACAUUAAUGACUGGUAUAUACGGUAAGAUAUUUGCUGUAGCCAGAAAUCACUCUGCAGCCAUUAACAGCACAGUAGCCAAUAUCACCACUAACACAGAAAAACACAGCAGUGGGUUGCACAAUGUAGAAACAAAAGCAGCAAAAACCUUAGGACUGAUAACAGGCGCAUUUUUGUUUUGCUGGUUACCUUAUUUUGCUGCAUUACUACUUGAUUCUUGGUUCAAUGUUUCAGUAUCUUCAUUUAUUUAUGAUAUGUUUAGUUGGCUAGCAUAUUCUAAUUCUGCAUGUAAUCCAAUAAUAUAUGGAUUUUUUUAUCCUUGGUUUCGGAUAGCAUUUAGAACAAUUUUAUCUGGGAAAAUAUUUACUGGAGCAUCUUCUUGUAUUAAUUUGUUUCUUGCAAAUCAUUAA